AUGUCCACUCGUAAGAGAAAGCAGGAGCUCGAGGAGGAGGAGGAGCUCCAGGCGCUCCCUAGUGACGAGAGUGAGGAGGAGGAAGAGUACGAAAGCACCGAGGGAGAAGGUGAAGGUGAAAGCGAAGGAAGCGAGGAAGAAGAAGACCUUUCCGAGGAGGAGCCUGAGGAGGAGGAGGAGCCCGAAGAGCAGGGCCCUCCCGCUUCCAAGAAGCGAAAGACGGCUGCUGCGCCGAAAGCCGAUGACGAGGACGAAGAUGCAGUAGAAGAAGAAGCCGAAGCGAACGGCAAAGCGGGCGGCGAUGAAAACGGUCUUGACAAUGAUGAAGGAGAGGACGAGGAAGAUGCUGAAGCCGAAGGUGAAGAAGAUGAAGAGGCUGACGAGACUGCAAAGACCAGCGCCCCUGCCGCGAAGGUGAAGGGAGAUGCUGCUGCUGCCGCUGAGGGUGCGACUGCGGAGACGAAGGCUUGA